GUGGGUGGAUGUGGAGGCCAAGGAAGCGGUGACUCCAGCUCCUGCCUGGAUGGAGGGGGUACGUGAGAUAUCGGUUGUGUACUCUGAUCUCAGAGCGUUGUGGGCUUUAUCAGUAACAUCCAGUGUAUUUUUCAGCUUGCUUGACAAACUGGAACAGCAGUCUCCUUACUGGAGUCGUCCCCUGGGACAGGUGUGUGUUGAUCCUGUGAGGAGAGCGUUUGUGUUGCUAGACUGGAAUACCAGUGGAGAUUUCAUUGCAGGCAGUGGGGCAACAUUAGCAUUCAUUUUUGAAGUGGUUAAGGAGAGCACAGCGAAAAACAGCCAACAUGAGGAGAGCUUGCAGUAUAUUUUUGGGGAGUUCAGCCCUGAUGAAUUUAAUCAGUUCUUCGUGACUCCACGAUGCUCUGUUGAGCUCCCCCCAUACAAUGAAACAGUUUCAUGUGGUGUUAAGUCCACAGGGGAAGAGUAUCAGAGAAUUGAAUUUGGUGUUAAUGAAGUUAUUGAGACACAGUCAUCUGUACUAAAUAACACCGACUACAGUAUUUCAAGUACUCUGAAUCCUCAGGCUCCAGAAUUCAUUCUCAGUUGUGCACCUGCUCAGAAAACCCCUGAUGAUAGUCUUAGUGAAACAAACUACAACUCCAUUGACUGCCAGUUCACUGAUCCAACCCUCGCUUUGGACAGCGGUUCUACCGCUGAAAACGAUGGCUUGUCUGGAGGCCUUGGACAAAGGGAGCGUAAAAAGAAGAAAAAAAGACCCCCUGGAUACUACAGUUACUUGGAAGAUGUCAGCGAUGGCAUCGCUCCCACAGAAGCUCUUGUAAAUGGCCAUGCAAAUUCAUCAGGACUAAACAGUAUAAGCACGGAGGAUACGGAACUGACAGGAGACAUACCCUCCCUGGCCACACCAAGGACUUGCAACAGCCCGGACAACUCUGUGGACUUCAUUAAUGAAGCCGUCUCUGAUAAUUCUGUUUCUAGCGCACUAGACAAUACCAGGACUGCUGGGCAGCCUGAGGUAUGCCGUGUUACUAAUUCUGAACAGUUUUGCAUCCCUGCAGAGACUGGCAGAGAUAGCCCUUUAAGGACAGCUGUUGUACAGUCUUAUGCUGGUACUGAUACUACUGAAAAUCUUGGCGUUACUAAUGGACAAACACUUGAAUCCUCUGGUGAGGACACAGCUGCCAAUGGGAUAGAAUUGCACACUGUGGAAAGCACUGACUCAGACCAAGCUAAGCCUGAGGAAGCUUCACCUACUACUGAGGCAACAGUAGUUGCAGGAUCAGUCCCUGUUAAUCAGCCUGCAAAAUCGUGGGCUAGUCUUUUUCACAAUUCCAAGCCCUCUACUUCCACAUCUGUGGUCUAUGUUGAGACUAAGUAUACCCCUCCUGCCACAUCUGCUCUGGUCCCUGAAAAACAGGUUGAAGUCAAAGAGGGACCUGUUCCAGUUUCAGAGGAUCCUGUAGCCAUAAAGAUUGCAGAAAUACUGGAAAAUGUAAGACUAAUACAUAAACCAGUGUCUUUGCAACCGCGAGGGCUGAUCAACAAAGGAAACUGGUGCUACAUCAAUGCUACCCUGCAAGCCUUGGUUGCUUGCCCUCCAAUGUAUCAUUUAAUGAAGUCCAUUCCAAUGUAUUCAAAAUCACAGCGGCCGUGUACCUCAACACCAAUGAUAGACAGUUUUGUUCGUUUAAUGAAUGAGUUCACUAAUAUGCCUGUACCUCCUAAAGCAAAACAAGCUUUAGGUGAUAAAAUUGUGAGAGACAUCCGACCAGGAGCUGCCUUUGAACCUACAUACAUUUAUAGACUUUUGACAGUUAUAAAGUCAAGUCUGUCAGAAAAGGGCAGGCAAGAGGAUGCUGAAGAAUACUUGGGAUUUAUCCUCAAUGGACUACAUGAAGAAAUGCUGACCCUAAAGAAACUUCUCUCUCCACAUAAUGAAAAACUCUCAGUUUCCAAUGGCCCUGAGGCUCAGACUGUUCAUGAAGAAGAGGAGCAAGAUGAACAAGGGGAAGGCAGUGAGGAUGAAUGGGAACAAGUGGGACCUCGCAACAAAUCAUCAGUCACUCGACAGGCUGACUUUAUUCAGACUCCAAUUACUGAUAUUUUUGGUGGUCAUAUAAGAUCUGUUGUUUACCAGCAGAGUUCUAAGGAGUCUGCUACACUGCAACCUUUCUUCACCCUGCAACUGGAUAUCCAGUCAGACAAGAUACGCACAGUUCAGGAUGCGUUGGAAAGUUUGGUGGCAAGAGAGUCUGUCCAGGGUUAUACCACAAAAACCAAGCAAGAGGUGGAGAUCAGUCGAAGAGUGACACUAGAAGAACUCCCCCCCGUUCUUGUUUUACACCUCAAGCGGUUUGUAUAUGAGAAAACUGGUGGAUGUCAGAAGCUUAUCAAGAAUAUUGAAUAUCCUGUUGAUCUGGAAAUUAGUAAAGAGCUACUAUCUCCUGGUGUGAAAAGUAAAAUUUUUAAAGGCCAAAGAACCUACCGGCUCUUUGCAGUUGUCUAUCAUCAUGGAAACAGCGCAACUGGUGGCCAUUACACUACGGACGUCUUCCAAAUUGGUCUAAAUGGCUGGUUACGCAUCGAUGACCAGGCAGUCAAAGUGAUAAAUCAGUACCAGGUGGUGAAGCCGUCUGCAGAACGCACAGCCUACCUCCUGUACUACCGCCGAGUUGACCUGCUGUGAAACUUUUCCCUUUUACGCUGUGUGUGCAAGAUACCUGCUUUGUAGAACGCCAACUAUCACUAACUUUUUUCUCCUGUAAAUGCUCUUUUGAGUGAAUCUUUUUUCUUUUUUUCUUUUUUCUUUUUUUUUUUUUCUUUUCCCUUGCAACUAUGGGAUAGAGUGAUAAAGGAAACUACCUUGGGUUUGUGCACAACAUAGUUUGUGUUGACUUUUAACUUUGCAGAAUGAAGUCACUUGGUUGAAAGACUCAGUCUCAUGAAUCACAAAAAUA